GAUGAUCACGAAUUCGAGACACGGAAAGAGUUUGCCAACCAUCGUCGACUGUCAACAUGCUGAGCCCCGGUGUCGAUGGUGACGGUCUGCGUCGAAUGGAAUCUUCCAUGGACGCAAACCCACUGGACCGGCUUCGUCAACACACUGCAGACCAUUCCUCUCACCGAACAGAGGAUCCGAAUACCACCUCCUCCGACAAUGAUUCCGUCGGCGAAGGCAACUGGGGCGAUCGUGGCUCUGAGGCUGUCAGAGAGGGCAGCGCGAUGCAGGAGUACGAGAUGUUGAGGCAGAACAUUAUCGGCCUGCACAAGACGAGGACCGGCGAGUCGCACGCCAGCGAACCCCAUACAACCCGAAGUCGAGGGGACCACGCAACGAGAACUCAAACACGACAAUCGCGCAUCGAUGACUCGGAAACAGACGUCGAAACCGGAGGAGACGACGAUGCAGACGAAUUUGAGCUUGGAACCUUUAUGCGCGAAGGGCAUUUCGAAGAGCGAUCAGAGGCAGGUGCUCUAAAAAGACUUGGUGUCGUCUACGAGGGCCUCACAGUAAAGGGCGUCGGCAACACAACAUCAUUUGUACGGACGCUUCCCGACGCCAUCAUCGGUACUUUUGGUCCCGACCUGUAUCGCCUCGUCUCGCGGUUCUUCCCUUCGCUCCAAUUCAGAAAGCCACCCACACGAACUCUCAUCCACGACUUCACCGGCUGCGUCCGCAACGGCGAGAUGAUGCUCGUCCUGGGCCGUCCCGGCGCUGGCUGCAGCACCUUUUUGAAGGCAGUUACCAACAACCGAGCAUCCUUCGCAGCCGUCGAGGGAGACGUUUCGUACAGCGGCAUCCCGGCAGAGGAACAGAAAAGGCUGUACCGAGGAGAAGUGACGUACAACUACGAGGAUGACAUUCAUUUUGCCACGUUGAGCGUUUGGCAGACGCUCACCUUUGCUCUGAUGAACAAGACGAAGAAAAAGGACAGCGGUGACAUACCUGUCAUUGUCAAUGCUUUGAUGAAGAUGUUUGGCAUCAGCCACACCAAGCACACGCUUGUGGGCGACGACUACACACGAGGAGUGUCAGGCGGCGAAAGGAAGCGGGUUUCUAUCGCCGAGACCCUCGCAUCCAAGUCAGCCGUCAUGGCGUGGGACAACUCAACCCGAGGUCUGGACGCAUCAACGGCAUUGGAUUACGCAAAGUCCCUCCGGAUCAUGACCGAAAUCAGCGACCGAACAACUCUCGUCACCUUGUACCAAGCUGGAGAGGGAAUCUACGAGAUCAUGGACAAGGUCCUCGUUAUCGAUCAAGGCCGCGAAAUUUACAGCGGCCCAGCCGACAAAGCGAAGCAGUAUUUCAUCGACCUCGGUUUCGAGUGUCCAGAGCGCCAAACAACCGCCGACUUCUUGACGGCCAUCACCGACCCCCACGAGCGCCGCUUCCGUCCGGGUUUCGAGAACCGGGCACCCAAGACGCCAGAGGAGCUCGAGCGCGCAUUCAGGAGCUCCCAGAGCUACCAAGAUUUGCUGGCCGAUGUUGCCGCGUACAAAGAGGAGCUACAUGAGACCGAGUAUGAGGAUGCCAAGACUUUCAGAGGAGCUGUCCAAGGCUCAAAGUCGAAGCAUGUGUCGGACGAGUCGUCUUACACUAUUUCGUUCAUUGGACAGGUGCUCGCAUGCACCAAAAGAGAGGCCUGGCUUCUUUUGGGCGACACGACAACGCUGUGGACGAAGCUAUUCAUCAUCAUCUCCAACGGCCUGAUUGUUGGGUCCCUCUUCUACGGGCAGCCAAACAACACACAGAGUGUCUUCAGCCGCGGAGGCGCCAUCUUCUUCUCAGUGGUGUUCCUUGGUUGGCUGCAACUAUCCGAGCUGAUGCGAGCUGUCUCUGGACGACCGGUUGCCGCGCGGCACAAAGACUACGCGUUCUACCGACCGUCGGCCAUCUCUCUGGCGCGCGUAUUGCUCGAUUUCCCAGUCGUUGCGAUCCAGGUUUGUAUCUUUGGCCUCAUCAUGUACUUCAUGACGGGCCUCGAUGUCGAUGCUGGCAAGUUCUGGAUCUACAUGCUCUUCGUCUACACCACCACCAUCAUGGUCACUGCUCUCUACCGAAUGUUUGCUAGUGUUUCGCCCGAGAUCAACACCGCGGUUCGGUUCUCGAGCAUAGCGUUGAAUGUCCUAGUAAUCUUUACCGGCUACGUCAUCCCCAAGACACAGCUGCUCAAGGACUACAUCUGGUUUGGAUGGCUGUACUGGGUGAACCCACUGAGUUACAGUUUCGAGGCCGUCUUGAGCAGCGAGUUGUAUGAUCAGGAACUGCCUUGCUCGCCGGAACAGCUUGUCCCUCAGGGUCCAGGUGUCCAGGCAGCUUAUCAGGGCUGUGCUGUCAGUGGCGCUGGCGUCAAUGCCCACUCAGUCUCGGGAAGCGAUUACCUUCGGACAGCCUACAACUAUAGCCGCUCGAACUUGUGGCGCAACUUUGGAGUAGUGAUUGCGUUUACGGUUUUGUAUAUCGUCAUUACCAUGAUUGUGACAGAGCUAGUGAGCUUUACUUCUGGAGGCGGUGGUGCCCUGAUCUUCAACAACACUCCCAAGGCCAAGGCUCGCGCGCAAGCAGCAGCCGCUCCCGUGGACGAGGAGAAAGCCGCCAACUCUCCCGCAGGGCUUGGUGAGUCUCAGACUACGUCACAAGAUGACGAUGCCCCAUUGGAACAAAUCACGGAUAACCAGUCGACUUUUACUUGGCGAGAUCUUGAGUACACGGUGCCCUAUUUGGGCGGAGAACGAAAGCUCCUCAACAAGGUGAACGGCUACGCCAAACCCGGAGUCCUGGUGGCAUUGAUGGGUGCUUCAGGCGCCGGAAAAACAACCCUUCUCAAUACGCUCUCUCAACGCCAGACCAUGGGUGUCAUUUCAGGCGAUAUGCUGGUUGAUGGACGGCCAUUAAGUGCCGACUUUCAGCGAAACACUGGUUUCUGCCUCCAGGGAGAUGUCCACGAUCAGACCCAGACUAUCCGCGAGGCUAUUGAAUUCUCAGCCAUCUUGCGUCAGGAUGCCUCCAUCAGCCGCGCAGACAAGCUUGCGUAUGUGGACAAAGUCAUUGAUCUUCUGGAGUUGACCGAGCUGGAGGAUGCCAUCAUCGCGUCCCUCGACGUGGAGCAACGCAAGAGACUCACCAUCGGCGUAGAGCUUGCUGCAAAGCCAUCUCUUCUUCUGUUUCUCGACGAGCCAACGUCAGGUCUAGACUCUCAAUCAGCUUACUCCAUUAUCCGGUUCCUCAAGAAGCUGAGUCGCGCAGGCCAAGCUAUCAUCUGCACCAUCCAUCAACCGAGCUCCGUCCUGAUCGAGCAGUUUGACAUGGUACUCGCACUGAACCCUGGUGGCAAUACCUUCUACUUCGGACCAAUGGGCCAAAAUGGCCAGCACGUUGUCAAGUACUUUGCCGACCGCGGCGCUGUGUGUCCUCCCAGUAAGAACGUCGCGGAAUUCGUCCUGGAAACAGCAGCUCGCCCACACAGGCUUCCUGACGGAACCAAGAUUGAUUGGAAUGAGGAGUGGCUUCGAAGUGACGAGGCCAGGCAAGUCAAUGAGGAGAUUGAUUCCAUCAGGCGCAGCCAAGUUCAACAAGAGUCCCAAGGAGCCAAAGAACACCACGAAUAUGCGGCAUCCACAUGGAUACAGUGCGUCGAGCUCACCAAGCGCAUGUUCCGGCAGUACUGGAGAGAUCCUUCCUACAUGUAUGGCAAAUUCUUCACCGCCGUCAUUGUUGGCAUCUUCAAUGGCUUCACGUUUUGGAACCUGGGCUACACAUUGCAAGACAUGCAGAACCGCAUGUUCACGUGUUUCCUCAUCAUCACCAUCCCUCCAAACAUCAUCAACGCUGUUGUGCCCAAAUUCUUCACCAACAUGGCGCUUUGGCAGACUCGCGAGUACCCUUCACGCAUCUACGGAUGGGUGGCGUUUUGCACAGCAAGCAUCGUUGCAGAGCUUCCGGCCGCCAUCAUCUCGGGCUUCCUAUACUGGGUGCUGUGGUUCUGGCCUACCGGGUUAUCAACCGAGAGUUCCGUGUCGGGCUACACCUUCUUGAUGACCGUUCUCUUCUUCAUCUUUGUAGACAGCUGGGGACAGUGGGUUUGCGCCUUUGCGCCAAGCUUCACGGUUAUUUCCAAUGUCCUUCCGUUCUUCUUCGUCAUGUUUGGUCUAUUCAAUGGUGUAGUUCGGGCAUAUGGGGCCCUUCCCGUCUUCUGGAGGUACUGGAUGUACUGGGUGAACCCUUCCACUUAUUGGAUUGGCGGUGUUCUCGCGGCCACACUGAACAAUGCGCCGGUGCGUUGUGAUCCGCAAGAAACGGCUAAGUUCGACGCUCCGCCGAAUCAAACAUGCAAGGAUUACGCUGGUGAAUUUGCGCAAUCCGCCGGCGGCUACCUUCUCAAUCCCGAUGCCACGAGCGGUUGUCAAUACUGCCCAUACAGCAAUGGCAACCAGUUCCUCAAGACGCUGAACAUUGAGGCCGAUGAAAAGUGGAGAGAUUUUGGCAUAUUUCUCGCUUUCUGCAUCUCCAAUUGGAUGCUUGUGUACUUUUUUAUUUACACUGUCCGUAUCCGAGGCUGGAGUUUUGGUCUCGGGUACAUUUUUGGCCCACUUGGAAUGGUGGUGGACGUUAUCAAGGGCUUGUUCAAGCCAAAGAAAGAGACGAAGUCGUAGAUUGGUGACUAUUCCGAAAAGACUAUUAGACAAUAGAGUAAGAAGGCAAACUUCAUUUAAUAUACCUACUUAGAUUAUCGAGAGAUUUCAUACUCAAAGGAUAGAUAGCGGGAUAGCAGUCGAAGGUGUAAUUUUGGCCUUCAUAUUUGAAUGUGU